AUGGGCACAGCUCCACCCUCUGACAAAGAGAUAGAAGCUGUGCUCAGUAAAGUGGCCGCUUCUUCAAAGCCCACAGACGCCACCUUGUACCCCCUCUACUCGUACCUGCUCCCAUCAGUCCCCUCUCAAGCCGCUACCUCUUCUACCACCGCCCAUUGGUACUGCCCAAAGACAUCUUCCCCUCUCAUCAGAGAUGCAGCUACAUAUCUCAUCUUCCUCUUUGCCUACAAGGCUGAGGGUAUGCCAAAGACAUGGAUCGAUGAGCUCGAGCACGUCUUGUUGGGUUGUCCUGUCUGCGCCAGGGCAUUCGGUGCUGCUAGACGACGUUUUGCUUCCAAGUAUCUGGCAAUGUUCAAUGCUCAGACCAAGGAGAAUUUCUUUCAAAAGGUCGACCUAUGGCAAGCAUCACUUAUCCUUUCUGAAUACAACAAAGCAUCCGCUCCUGGCUAUGGAAGCACUUCGACAGUGUCGAUAACCCUCUUCGACGUGGAUGAUUCUAUCGUUCAGCUUCUGUGCAGUGAACCAAGCUUAGUAUCUAAACCAACAUCUACAACACCCGAACUGGUAUCACUUUCUUUACUCUUCUCCGCCGCCAUCGCCUCCGCUCCGAGUAAUCCGGCCGUCUCAAAAUUUGGUCUCACACCCGUCGUCGUACAUCUUCUCUCGGUGGACGAUCCUGCUCAAAGAUCAUGGGCAUUGAAUCAGCUCCCAUCAUGUGCACGUCGACCAUUAAGUUUCGCCGAAUGGUGUGAAAAUGGGAUCGGAUCAAAGGUACAGGAGCUUUAUCUCGACAACAGGUUUGACAGUGCGACUAUCAGAUGGUCAGCAUUACAUCGGCUACUCGACUCUGGCUGUCUUACGUUAGAGACCGUGCAGAAAGGCUUACUCAAAGGGCACACCUCUGUCAGAGCCGAUGCAAAAGUUGGGAAACCGAUCAUGUCCGUCUUGAGCACAUUAUUGGGAAGUCAGACAUCAGCGUCCGAUCUUGUCCAUGCGACAUUCCAGGUCCUACUCCAUAUAUCGCCCACACAUCAUAUAUGGUCAUUUGAUGUAUCCCCCGAACUCCCUCACACCCUCUUCUCCGAGAUCAAGAAUAAUCCCUCAUUUCGUACAUCUCUGGAAAAUUCCUGUCCCUCGUCGCCCGCCGAAACAAAUGAGCAUCAUGGGAAGGGGAAGGGGACGACGACAUGUCGCUCUCUCACUUGGAUCGAAGAUUUCCUCCUGUCUCUGAGGGAUGCCAAGACCGCCUCGGGCAAGUCCAGUAACACGGGAUUUGGCGAAAGUCUAGCAAAGGCCAUGAACUUCUGCUUCUCCGAGAUGCAGCACACUAGAUAUCCUCCCUCCCUGCGUGCCGCUGCCGCAGAGUGUGGUUGCAGGGCACUGGUCAGAUUACGAACAGCAGUCGCAACUGAUGACCACAUCGCCUCUCCUCUGUCAUCCACUCUCGACAUUCAUGCCACCUUUAUCGCUACAGUGGCCCUGCGUUUACCUGAUCAUCCUUCGCCAGAUUGGGAUGAUGCCCGUCAUGCGGCUCGGGCUUUACUUCUCGACUACUUCACCGCCGAUGGACGAGAUGUUGUAGAAAGUAUGCUCGGAUUAGCGGCCAUCUCUUUCCAUGAGAGGAAGCGUCUAGCUCGAAAGCGUAAACUGAAAGCUGCCGUCGAUCCACCGAUACCGGUGCAGAACCUUCACCGCGCUUCGACGUAUAAAGAACUCUGGUCCAUGGCUUAUAAUGCGCUCAUGCCAACUGAUCUUGAGGGUACGGCAAUCAUCUUAAAAUCAAUAGCGAUGACGGCCCACCUCGAGAAACUCGAUCGAACCGGCCCGUGGAGUCCUGAUAGCCUAGGUGAGGUUAUCAAAGCCGAGGAUUGGGUUUCCAGUGUGCGAGCGAUCAAUACAUCAAUAUCUUCAAUGCGGGAAUAUUUCGGCCGCGCUUUGGACUCUCUUGCUCGUCAACCUGAUGCAACUCUCUUGCGAGACCUCUGGAAGAUCGCCGGUGUUCCUAAGGCGAGCGUAAUCAUAUUGCUUGCCCCGGCCGAAGAACUUCACGACCCUGUCAUCAGUUUAUUACAGCAAGUAUACGAAGAUGUCGACGAUCGAGGAGACUGUUUUCGUGUCCUUCUGCGAGAACAUCCCGGUGAGGCCAUGGAAGGUCUUUGCACUUUCCUCUCGACCUUCAUCAAGACUGCGAAUCUCACCCCUGAAUCAUGCUCUCUUGCUAAAUGGCUCGUACGUUGCUUCACCGACAUUCUCGAUGUUCUAUGCCGAGCCUCCGAAUCUUCCGAAGCUCUCUUACAAACUCCAUCUUUCCUCGCAGACUUCACCUCAAAUCGACCAAUGACAAAAAGGAUUGCAGACCUAUGGCACCAAAUGACUGAAUCACUAGCCGUCAUUUUCAAUCGAACUCAGGGUUGGGCUGAUUUCUACGAAAAUUCUAUCAUGGUGGAUUGGAUGCGAGAUGCUCUCAUCUUUGGUCGACAUAUGACGGAACAUGUGAGAGUAUUCGAAUCUGCUGCUCUUGGUCAAAGUGAUUCUCGCUUCGAUGUACAGAGUCCAUCGGAAUCGCCCGUGAAGCUCUCCUCGACCGGACGAAAGAUGAUUGAGCAACUCUCGAAAGUGUUAAAUGAGCUAUUGCAUUGGCUUCGGCUGACCGACAUUGAAACGUUACAUCAGACUUUCGAGCUGAUCAAAACCAUCCUUGGUCGGUUGUCGCGGUCGUCCACUCCUAUCACCGUCGAAUUGGAGAAGACGCUGAAGGAGCUGGACAAAUUUUGUCGACGAGCGGGGACUUCAUACCCUUCCAAGCUCUCCGAUGAUCUUCUUUCUGAACUUUCAGAGCUUGUGUCUGGAUUCGACAUCUCACUGGAAGAUGAUGUACAGUUCGUCAAGGCCGUCACUCGGGAAGAGGACACAAAACCCUCGCACGAUCCCUCAUCGGCACCGGUUAAAAAGGAUGCACCAGCCGCCAAGAAAACAAACGCGUUUGUCAAGAUGAUGAAAGCAGCUUCCAACGGCUCGAGCUCUCAUUCACGGUCCACUAAGAGCGAUCCCGUGAAUGGGAAGGAAGACGAGUACGACGAUGACGAUUUCCUGCAGAAACUUCCUGCCUCUGAUCUGGAUAUUCUGGAAAAACGUGCUCGGAUAGCGAAAACACAAGUCCCUCAACCACCAAAAUCCACUGUGCCACCGAAGGCAUCCAUCCAGGCGGCUCAAAAGCUCAAUAUAGACGUUCGACCCGGAAUGUAUCAGAAAAAGCCCGCUGGUGGUGGUUUUAAAUCCAAGCUCAUGCAAGAAGCCCGACGAGAACACAAGUUCGAUCAAAUGCGUGCUAACGUGCCACGCCCCAUUGGGGGUUUACCCACGAAGGUUCCCGUAGCUGGUGCGUUCGGUAGCGGUUUAGGAGCCUACACCGGUCAACGACGACCUGUCCAACCAGCAGAUUCAGGAUCCAGCGCUUCUGACACCUCUGACGAGGAGAGCAGAGGGGUUGAUGCCCUCAUGAAGAAACAAAAGUCUCCUGCCAAAAUAGCACUCGCCGCCGAGAAACGUCAAAUCAAAGUCCUCGGUAUCCCAAUUUCGAACGCCGUCCGGGAACACGAAGAGAAACGUGCACGCGCCCAUGCUAUCAAACAACGUCUCCGUCCCGAUCUCAAUUCUUUGUAUCGCUAUGUCCUGGCAUGGGAUCCUACCCAUAUUGGACCGCAUCCUCCGCAUCCUCCGAAAGUGGCACAAGAGUUCAUGCAAUUACUUCGUGUCCCGACCACCUUCCCAGAUGCCAAACGAUACGAGCAGAUCAUGCUUCCUUUGUUUCUGGAAGAACUGUGGGCUCAGUUUGUCAACGGCAAAGAUAACACCGCUCAUGGGAUGGGUAUAAUGGUAGAGAUUUCUAGUAGGGCCUACGAGGAUGAUUUCUUGGAUAUGGAACUGGUCGUACAGGGGAACAUACAACCUGAUUUCUUUGUGAAUGAGACGGAUAUCGUCCUGUUGCAACAACCUGGAGCCAGAACAUUGUUUGCCAAAGUACAAGGGUUCCGACGCAAGUUCAAAGAUACCGCCUUGAAAGUGAGAAUCUUGACUUCUAUGGAUCAAAGGGAAUUAGGAGCGAAGUCGAGGUGGGAAUUGAAAAAACAUACUUCAUUGAGUACCGCUGUCAGGGAGUUUGCCGCUCUGAAAGGUCUGCCUUAUUACGAGAAACCAUUAUUGCGGGACAUACUCGCUGCCAAGGGAGCUACCAUGCCUCCUCUCUCAUCCAGAGAGGUGGACAGAGCAAUGCGUUCAUACGAUGUCAAUGAACCACAAGCCAAGGCCAUCCUGGGUGCCAUGCAAGUCAAUGGGUUUGCUCUGAUUCAGGGUCCACCAGGUACGGGUAAGACCAAAACAAUCAGUGGUUUGGUUGGCAAGUUCAUGUCAGAACGAUCUAUACCCAUAGCCAUGGGUCAUGGAGAGAAACCUGUCAAACCUAAACUUCUCGUCUGCGCUCCGAGUAAUGCUGCCAUUGACGAAGUCUGCAAGAGACUCAUGAAUGGUGUCCCCAGUUCUGAUGGAAGUCGACUGAACCCAACCAUCGUUCGAAUUGGAAUCGAGACAUCUGUCAACAUUGCCGUAAAGGAUGUAUCCCUGGACAGUUUGGUAGAAGCCAGGGUCAACGCAGACCCUUCUUCGAAAGGGGGCGGUGGAGAAUAUGGCAAGAUUCAAGCAGAGUUGGAAAAUGUCAAACGUCUCAUACGUGAACAACAAGAUAAGAUCCGUUUGGCAAAGGACAAUGACGAAAGACGUCGACAAUUGGAAGACGAAUAUCAAUCUUUAGUCACCAGACGUACUCAGUUAGGUCAACAAACUUCCAAAGCCAAAGAUGCGGCUAGAGACGCUACUAGACAUCUCGAUGCCACACGUCGACAAGCUAGAGAAAUCGUUCUCAAAGAAGCAGAUGUCAUUUGUGCCACAUUAGCAGGAGCGGGUCACGAAACUCUAUCAGCUUACACAUUCGAAACUGUCAUCAUUGAUGAAGCUGCUCAAGCUAUCGAAUUGUCAUGUUUGAUACCAUUGAAAUAUGGUUGUACAAGAUGUAUAAUGGUCGGUGACCCUCAACAAUUACCACCUACAACACUAAAUCCCGAUGGAGAAAAAUACGCAUAUAACGAAUCUCUUUUCGUCCGUUUAGCUCGUGAAAAUCGAUCAAACGUUCAUUUACUAAGUAUACAAUAUCGUAUGCACCCAGAUAUCUCACGACUUCCUUCCAAAGUGUUUUAUCAUGGUGCUUUGAAAGAUGGACCGAAUAUGGAACGUAAUACCAAAGCUGUAUGGCAUGAAAACAAGAAUUAUGGUCCCUAUCGAUUUUUUAAUAUAGAAGGUUCAGAAAUAAAAGCAGGAACAUCUACUAAAAAUCCAGAAGAGGCAAUCGCCGCCGUUAACAUUUAUAAACACUUGGAAGAAGAUUUUGGAGAUAGAACGAAUUUAGCAUUACGAGUUGGUAUCAUUACAAUGUAUAGAGAACAAAUGUACGAAAUCAAAAGACAAUUUCUACAAGCUUUUGGAGGUUCUAUAAUGGAAAUGAUAGAGUUUAAUACUGUUGAUGGUUUUCAAGGACAGGAAAAAGAUAUCAUCAUUUUAUCUUGUGUUAGGAGUGGACCGAAUUUGAGGACUAUUGGUUUUUUGAGGGAUGAAAGAAGGAUGAACGUGGCUUUGACUAGGGCGAAAAGUAGUUUAUGGAUUGUUGGAAAUGGUUCAACUUUAGAGAGGAGUGAUGAGAGAUGGAAGGUUAUUGUUGGGGAUGCGAGGGAACGGGGAUUCUUUUUGGAAGUGAGUUCUGAUUUGACGUUUACUCCAAGUUUACUUCUCACUCCUCUUCCUUCUAUUUUUCUUACCAUACUCCCUUCUAUCCCCUUCUCUUCCCUUGUGCCUCUUUCCUGA